CUGCAGUGAUGUGCUUACAAUGUGAAUACCUUGUCUCUCCAUUUAAUCUCUUUAGUCUCAUCCUUCUCCCAGAUUCCGGGGUAGGGCAUCUCAGGCAAUAACAGGACUCAGGACCCUUAAAUCCAUGAAUGUGGGGAGCAGCGCCAGGCCCUAAAGAUUAAUCUUAAGGGCCAUGACUGAAUUGCAGAAUGAGACGGUGCCGAGCCACCAGGAACAGGAGCCAAGCACUGAUGAGUACCAAAGAUCAGAGUGUGUUCUUGGCUACAUCCCUGUCAUCUACUAUAGCAUCUUGCUGUGUGUGGGAUUUCCAGUGAACAUCUUAACAUUGGUGGCUCUGGCCCGUUUGACCGCACGCACCCAGAAGGCCCUGUACGUCUAUCUGAUGUCACUGACCAGCUCGGACCUGCUCAGCCAGCUCUUCAUCAUUUUUGUGGGGUUUCUCUUGGAGACAGCUGUGUUCCACCGUGAAGUACCCACUGUUCUGCUACGAUCAGUCAGUGUUCUGGAGUUUGCUGCUAAUCAUGCUUCUAUCUGGGCUGCUGUGCCACUCACUGUGGAUCGCUACGUUGCACUGUGCCAUCCACUGCUCCAUCGGCAGAUCAGCUACCCGGCACGUGCUCGGCGCAUCGUAGGAGCAGUCCAGACGUUGGCGUUGGUGUCUGGUGUGCCUUUUUUCUGGUGGUCAGACAUGUGGAGGGUGAGCCGGCCACCUGGUACAGUUGAUUUUGUCCUCAUCUGGGGCCAUGUGACUAUUAUAUACUUUCUGCCCUGCAGUAUCUUCCUCGUGCUCAACUCACUCAUUGUUUUACAUCUCAGGAGACGCCAGCAUCGGUGUCAGAAUGAAAGCAGAAAGCAGCAUCUGGCACCAGCAGGCAGGCUGGGCAAAACCACAGCAAUGCUUCUGGCUAUCACAUCUGUGUUUGCAGUGCUGUGGGCACCUCGCACAGCUGUCGUGCUCUAUCACCUUUAUGUUGCAUCGGUGCACAGAGAUUGGCGCGUGCACUUGGCAUAUGACCUUGCCAACAUGCUAGCCAUGCUUAACACAGCCGUGAACUUCUUUCUCUACUGCUUUGUCAGUAAACGCUUCAGAGGUGUUGUGAAGGAUGUCUUGCUUCUGAAAGGGGCUCUGCUUCAUUCCCAAAGGCCUUGCCAUCAAAGACAGGCUUCUGCUAAUGCCUCAAACUCAUCUCUGUCCAGUGGUGCCAUGCGCUCUCAUAGACAUGCCAAUAUUACUUGGGACUGUCCUUAGAUCACGUUCAUCAUUAUAGAAAAAAAACCACUAACCCUACGAUACUGGUUCUUUAAAAAAAAAAAAAAAUUAUAUGUAUACAUAAAAUGCAACCUUGCCAAACCUAUUUUACAAAUUUAAUUAAAACCAAUUUGUCAUUUACUGAAACUAAACAAAUACUGGGUUUUAAUAGGUAUAGGAUGCCAACAAUAAAUAUAUAUAUUUUUUGUCACAAAAUGAAAAAUUGAUUUGCAUUUUAUACAAGAAAUUCUCAAAGUAUUACUAAAUAAAUAUUAUUUCCUAACAAUAUCAUCUGAUGAAAAGGUUUUCAUUUUUUGAUAACUGAUAAAAUAAUAAACAUAAUAGUGAUCAAAUUCAUAUCUGACCAGCACUAUGUAUUAGAUCCAUAUUGGAAUUAUGUUACAGUUCACUGCAUGCAUCCAUGAGUCAUGAGUUAUAUAUAACUCAUAUAAAAUAUAAUCCUGAUCUGCUUUCCAAAUAUAGCUAUAUCACUAAAAUAGAUGCCCACCAUCUCCAAGAGAGUAUCACAUUGUUCAUUGUUUUUUGUCCUUGAUGGUUAUUUUUUUCCUUUCUUGAAAACCAGACCCAGUGUAUCUACAAACUGCGUCCAUUUCCACAAGAACUGAGGUGAUAGACAGCUGUUUACUCCAUCUUCCCUGCCUGCAAACUGCAUCACCUUCAGUCCAUACCUAUUAUUUAUUCUAUUGUCUUCUGAAGGAAUAUUCAGACUCUCUGCGCACAUUAUUUAUUACUUACGAAGACAUUUUGUCUCAGCAUAUAAAUAUAAAAAGUUCCAUGAAAGGCUGUGAAUCAAAUUCUUUCUUUUAUUUGCUACUAUUUGAUUGUGUUAAGUUUUGCAUAAUUUAAACAAACUGAAGAGAUAAAUUGAAGAGAUAAGGUGGGAAAUGUACAACACUGUGAUUUUGUUUGGGCCUAGGCUGCUGUUUUAACCCUUUACCACAAGAAUAGUCAAAUA